CCCCAUGCUAUUGAGACGCCUCGGCACCAGGUCGAAGCGUAACAGACGCAAAUGAAUGCAGCAGCGAUUCCUCCACACAACGCACAGAAUCACGGAACAGCUGCCCCUGAGAAUCACCACAAACCCACUCAGUUACUCUACAGUGCGAAACAAUCGAUAUACAGUUUCAGUAGAUUCCCAGAGUUGCAGUCUUAGCUUCAUCACGGCGUGGGUGAAUUUGCAGCUCUUGCAGUUGAGAGCUAGAUUGAGAGAGAGAGAGAGAGAGAGAGAGAGAGAUACGGGGUUACGAGUCCGGGAGGAAGAGCGAGAGUCUCAAAGAAUCCCCGUUGAAUACGCUCUGGUUUUUUUCGUAGUCCAAUCUCGCAAAAAAAAUAUUUAAAUUAAAAAAUUUCGGCCGUGUUUCUGUGAUUUUUGUGUUUUUGUGUUUUGUUUUGUUUUUGAGGGUGUUGUACGAGUUGUCGCCUUCAUUCAAGUCUUGGGAGGUCAGGGAGGUCAGAACUUGGAGGGUGGGUUGAGUUGAAUUGCCUUGCAAGGAGCUUUCGUAAUCUUUCUGAACAGGCAAUGUCGUAGAUUUUGCACCUCGCAUUGUGUGGGUCUUACGGUAAGUUGGACGGUCCGUAAAUGUUCGAGUAGAGGCAGUGGAGUUUUGGAGGAGGUUGGGUCUGUAGCUUUUUUAGCCGUGGGGGUGCAGGUAUGUGCAGGCUUGUUCGGGGUCUGGAAGCUUCAUGCAUGGUUUCGGGAACGCUGCUGGGGGUUUAUGUUUAUAGAUGGUGGCGUUAGAUCAUGAGGUCAAGGGUAAGGAAGUUGGUGGUCGAGCACUGGGUUCAUGUCUGAGCAGUUGAAGGCAGCAUUGGGGGUCGAGAUCGAUUUAAGCUCAGGUCUUCGCGAAGAUGCCUCCGUCUACGAGUAGAUCGUCAUCUCUGUGGGCAUCAUAGUAAUGCCAACCACCGCUCAUUGGUGAUAAUUGCACAUUGAACGAGGACCGAAGAGACGAAGGAAUGGGCCUACGCAGUCGCUUUCAAUUCUGACGAUACUUAACAGAGCAUGACUUGAGCAUGCCUUGAUCACAUGUUUUAGAACGCUGAAGUCUUGAUCCUUGUGAUACUUUGUCUGCGCAUAUUUUUUAUUUUUUUAUUUUCAUUUUUUUGUGUUCAAGGGAUAGCUAUGCUUGGUUAGAAGGUUUAGUGUGCUUCCGAGUGUGUUCUACGCUAAAAAAUGGACUCUACCCGCAGAUCUACUGACGGCGUCGAAGACAAUAUGGAGAAAGGGAGCUCAUCGCCGGUUGGCAUCACUCAAUUCCGAGGAAUUGUGGCGAUCCUGCAGUGGUGGAGUUUCAAUGUGCUGGUCAUCAUCAUGAACAAAUGGAUUUUCCAGAAACUCAAUUUCAAAUUUCCGUUGACUGUGUCUACUGUGCACUUCAUCUGCUCAACGGUUGGCGCCUACAUAGCAAUUAAGGUGCUGAAGGUGAAGCCACUCAUUGAAGUCAAUCCACAAGAUCGUCUGAGGCGAAUCCUCCCAAUGUCAAUCGUUUUUUGCGUCAAUAUAGUGCUUGGAAACGUCAGCCUGCGUUACAUACCUAUUUCCUUCAUGCAGACUAUCAAAUCCUUCACACCUGCCACUACAGUGGCGCUGCAGUGGCUGGUGUGGAAAAAAUCUUUCGACCGUCGUGUUUGGCUCUCUCUGAUUCCAAUAGUUGGGGGAAUUGUGCUGACCUCCGUCACUGAGCUCAGCUUCAAUAUGGCUGGUUUUUUAGCGGCUUUCUUUGGCUGUAUUGUGACUUCAACAAAGACCAUCUUGGCGGAAUCGUUGCUUCAUGGUUACAAUUUUGACAGCAUUAAUACUGUGUACUACAUGGCGCCACAUGCAACCAUGAUUCUGGCCCUUCCAGCUCUUCUGUUGGAGGGUGGGGGAGUCUUGACAUGGGUAGGAGCACAGGAAUCACUGCUCACGCCUCUGUUUAUCAUAACACUCUCUGGAGUGUCCGCUUUUUGUCUCAACUUCUCCAUCUUCUACGUCAUUCAUGCAACAACAGCUGUGACCUUCAACGUGGCAGGAAACAUGAAAGUUGCUGUGGCAAUCGUUAUAUCAUGGCUCAUCUUCAAAAACCCAAUCUCUUUCAUGAACGCAAUUGGUUGCACAAUCACUCUCGUAGGCUGCACCUUCUAUGGCUACGUCCGUCACCGGAUGUCAAAAUUCGCAUCAAUGAAGGCAACCAGUGAUGCUCUGGAAAACGUGCAACUUCUCCCCCAAGUAAAUGAAGAGAAAUCCAACCGACUGAUUUAAUGUUCCUGGAUAUAGAUUAUUCUGUUCUGCUCUCUGUGUUAGUAUAUCUCGCUCUUAAGCCAUAUCAUUGCAUCGAACUUGCGGAGUCAGUCGAGGUUUUAGGGCGAAUCUUAUGUCUGUAGCGCUUGUACCCAUUUUAUUACCUUUGUCAAGAGCAAUCACAAUGUAACUCUUCAGCUCUUGAAGCAUUCAAUUCUGUAAUUGUCUAUGUAACGUCGUUUACCAUGCAACCAGUUCUUCGUCGUCAUUUUCAGUC